CCUCUCCAUCGGCUUCUAUUCUACUCGGGGGCUCUGACCGCUCGACCGGAAUUGACCAACGUCUCGUUGGGUCAAGGUCACGCAUUCCACGGAAGAAGCCUGCUAGUGAGGACGACAACAACAACAACAACAACAUAGUAGCAUGACUUCAUCAGAGGGAGGCGCUUGUGUGUUGAGGGGGGCAGUUUAGGCAGGAGACCCUUUUGGACACUUCCUACAUUUCCCCAUUUUGCAAAGGGAAGUCCGAGAGCAAACCGUCGCAUCUGAUCAAGGUUAUUGAAAUGUUGGGGAUCAGCAGGGACAAACCUUUCAUCCAAGUGCGCUGGAUGCUUUGACCCUUUUCGAGCUGGUCUACGAAGGACACCCUGUUAAAAGCCAAGAUGUUUUUGGAGCUCUCCGAUUAUGGGCACCGACAUUUAUUUGGGCGCCAGCCCUGUGCCGGUCGCACCGGUUUGCUCCUCGGCUCAGCGGGUCCGACCGGCCUUCGUCCGUAACGCGCGCGUUCAUUUUCCCAGUCAGAGUUGUUACAAAUUUAGGAGCCAAUCAGUGUGGUGGAUUUGGAAAUGAGCAAAGAGCACAAACCACAAAUCUUUUUAUUGGAGCUUUUUUUGUAAUUCCAAGCAAGGUGCCUCCUUUUCACCGCACCAGAGACCAAUUCUACUUUCAGCUCCAAUAAUGUCUUUGGGCGGCGUGAUGUCCAAGGCGUGGCGCGCCGCCCGGUGGCUGCUGCUGCUCUACGUGUCCGUGCCCUUCAUCGUCAAGCUGUGUCCGUCCAUUCAGGCCAAACUCGUCUUCCUCAACUUCGCGCAGUUGCCCUUCUUCCUGGACCUCAAGCGACCUUCGGACGCCGGCCUCAACCACACGCUCAACUUCUACCUGCGGCCGCAACGGACGCUCGGCAUCGGCGUGUGGCACACAGUUCCUUCAGACAUGUGGAGAGAAGCUGAAGGCAAACCCCAAGAAUGGUUUGAAUCCACACUAAGCUCCGCCCACCCAGCCAUCCUCUAUCUCCAUGGAAACGCAGGGACCAGAGGCGGCGACCACAGAGUUCAACUGUACAAGGUCCUCAGCUCGUCGGGCUACCACGUGCUCGCGUUUGAUUACCGAGGUUUGCAAAACACUUUUCCGUCGCGCCGCUUCGGCCAUCGAGCUCAGUGUGUACGUGCGUUUGUGCGCGUAUGGACCGUAUGUGUGCGCGCGUGUACGUAUGCGUGCGCGUGUAGGCUGGGGCGAUUCUCAGGGCUCGCCGUCGGAGGGCGGGAUGACGUCGGACGCGCUGUUCGUGUACGAAUGGCUGAAGAAGAGGCGGGGCGGAGGUCGAGUGUACAUCUGGGGUCAUUCGCUGGGAACGGGGUAAACGAAUGCAAUACGUGCCCGCUGGAGCCCCGCCCCCUCGUCACAUGUCGUGACUUUUGUUUCAGCGUGGCCACCAACCUGGUCAGACAGCUGUGCGCCGGAGGAAGUCCUCCUGACGCUCUGAUCCUGGAGAGUCCUUUCACCAACAUCAGAGAGGAGGCCAGGAGUCACCCCUUCGCCAUGGUGUACAGACACCUGCCUGGUUUUGAUUGGUUCUUCCUGGACACCAUCACCGCCAACGACAUCCGCUUCGCCAACGAUGACAACGUGAAUCACAUCUCGUGCCCCGUGUUGAUUCUUCACGCCGAGGACGACCACGUGGUUCCGUUCCAGCUGGGCAAGGAGGUAGGUGCGGCGGACGGCCCGUCGGAGGAGAGCGGGGUCGCGAGUCCCGAGUCACGCCGCCUGUCGCGUGUCCCUCAGCUGUACGAGGUGGCGGCGCGCUCCGAGAGCCUCGGCGGUCACAAAGUUGAGUUUGUGGCCUUCCCCUCGUCGCUGGCCUACAGGCACAAGUUCAUCUACAGGAGCCCCCGGCUGCCCGCCAUCCUCAGCGAUUUCCUGGGCACGCCUCGUCCCGGCAAAGAGUGACGCCAACUCGACGACGACUUUCUUUUCAUGUGAUUAUUAUUUCCCGCUCGUAUUAAGACUGUCACACGUGAAUGACCAAUAAACUAUUUAUGCUUUUAAAUCAAA